AUGGAGAAUAAGACGUUCCACAAAGCUUCCGUUCUAUUGAAUCGAGCGAGUACAGCGCCUACGAUAGUAGAAGCAGUACAGUUCCAUGGCAUACGAAUAACUAAGAAUGAUGCUUUGGUGAAAGAGGUUGCUGAAUUGUAUCGAAGUUCCACACUUGAUGAGCUUGUCCACAAUUCUCAUCUUGCUGCUAAGCAUUUACAGGAAGUGGGAUUGAUGGAGAGUGUUGUGCCACUUAUUGAUACUGCACCUUCCACUAAUGGCUACAUUGUGAAUUUUGUAGUUAAGGAGCCAAAGGCCUUCAGUUUGGGAGUGAAAGCUGGUAUCAGCACUAAUGGUGAUGCUGACAUGUCGUUGAAUGGUGGGAGACAUAGCCUGUUCGGCCGCGGUGAGGCCGUCAAUUCCAAUUACACAUACACAGUUAAGGGUGACCACAGUUUCAAUUUAUCUUUUACAAAGCCGCGUCUGGGUUGGCAGAAGUACUCGAACAUUUCAGCAAGUUUAUUCAGAGCAAUUUCCUAUUUACCAUGGAAUCACUCAAAUUGUGAAGAAAACGCUGUUGUUCUUGGUUACAAUGGGCAAAUUAUGAAAAAUAUUCUACAUCAGAUUAAGUUUAAUGCGUUAUGGAGAACCUUAAGAGCGACAGAUGAUGCAGCGUUUUCGGUCCGUGAACACGCAGGCCACAUAAUGAAGUUUUCCGUAGAAAAUGCGGUUGGGUUUGAUAAUCGUGAUCGGCCCAUUCUUGCAACGAGAGGGAUUCUUGCGCGAUUAGCACAGGAAUAUGCUGGUCCGUUCGGUGACUCGUCGUUUAUAAAGCAUCAGCUGGAUUUGCAGGCUGCUGCACCACUUCCUCUUGGCUUCAUACUGUCAGGUUCAGCCCAGUUCAAAAAUGUUAGAGGAGAUCGCGAAAUACACCUACUUGAUAGAGUGUACUUAGGUGGCCAGCAGGAUGUGCGCGGAUUCGGUUUGAAUACUCUCGGUGUUCGUUCCGAAAACUCCUGCUUGGGUGGCGGUACUGCUGUGUGUGGUGUUCUUCAUAUCUACCGCCCUCUAUUUCCUCCUCAAAUGUUGUUUGCGCACAUGUUCGUAUCGACGGGUAGCGUGGCACCGGUGAGGUCUCGGAAUGUCAUGAAAGAUUUGCAAGAUGCCCAGAGAGUGUCCCUUGGACUUGGCGUUACUUUCGUCUUUCGAAACAUAUUCCGCCUUGAGCUAAACUACGUAGCUCCGAUAAAGUAUUGUCCUGGCGACAGUCAAUCUACAGGCGUACAUAUCGGUUGUGGAGUGAACUUUUUGUAA